UGAAGGCCGAGGUGAAGGGAAGGUGAAGUUCAAGGUGAGGCUAAGAAACCUCGGACAAAAUGAAGGUGGAGGCGGCGGUAAAGAGAUGGCCGGGACCCUAGCACUGGUGAAGUGUUCAAGCCCUCUUACUGUGACGUGGCAAGUCCCCUCAACCCACAGAAAAACUACAAGCUCAAUGGUAUCAAAUAUGCCAAACAAAUCGGGACUAUCACUGAGGUAAAGAUAGAGUUUGGUCGUGGACUACGACGGAGGUGGUCGCGUGCCGUAUGUGUUGAUCAUGGGAGGGAACGACUCUGUAUGGAUAAUGACAAGGCUGCCAGAAUUGGCUGAUGUUUGUGCUCUUCUUCAGUAUCCAUCUCUGGCUCUCCACGUGAAAGAACCCACAGGAAACUUUUCAAUCCAUCCGUCGGCUUCUUGCAUGAAUGAAAAAGAUUGCUUCGGGGGAGCCAGUAAAUUGAUAAGACCUCGAUGCUACUCUGGUGGAGGUUUCAAAGGGGAGAGGCACUGAUUCCAUAUCUUGACAAAACAGCAUAUUUAACCCCAACCCUUGCUUCCCCGCAUCGGUCUGUGACGUUUUUUUCAAGGUGUGCCGCCGGCGACUGGGACUGGGCUCACAACCGGCUUUAACAUUUCCUGGUCCCCCCCCCAAAAUUGUGCCGCGCCUCUUCCCAACCACCACAAAACACACACAGCUCGGCAUUGUCUUCGCCAGCUCUGGCUGUGUCACUUCAUGUCGCUCCCACUGCGUUGUCGACACUACACCACAGCACCCUGAAUCACUACAUUCAGCUGUGCUUGUCUGCCUCCCAUUUACGAAUUGACUGCGUCAUAAAACCGAAAGCUUUCUGGAGCUCACCGAAACCGGGCGAAGGGCGAUAACCCCCUGAGGCGCGCCUACUGAUGGCCGACCCAGGGCAGAAGGAUGACUUUCCCGACCUGUCGUCCUUUGAUGACGAUGUGUCGGUGAUAUCUACUCGAGGAGUCGAGGCAUUCGGCCGCAAAGUGACGAGCACGGCGAGCCAUCUGAUCGGUACUAUUGCCGAUCCAACCUCCCACCCUCACUACACCAGGGCCAUGACCGAGGUCUCCCGUCAGUUGACGAAACCGUCUCUGCAGCGCACCAUGUUCUCGAUGGCGCGCACUACGCCUACCGACCUGGUAAGGUCCCGCCUCUCUACCACGGAAAUACAUUCGCGCGCUCUUGCCUAUGUACCGGAUGAGCUGCUCAAGAACAUCCCCGAGGAUGAGAACUCGUAUUCUCUUUUCCAGGGCUUCAAAGCCAGCUUCCCCGAGUUCGCCGAGGAUUCCAAGGGCAAGAAGCACAGGCGGCGUGUCUCCAGAGGAAGACGGCUUCUGGAGGAAAGGCCCACGACACCGGAUGGAUCGCCGGAAUCGGUGCAUAAGAUCAAGAAGGAGAAGUCAACCAUGAUGCAUCAGUUGGAAAUGUUGAGCAUUCGAAAGAAUAUGGCCAGCGCUGAGAUCAAGGAGAUUGAUGCCAAACUGGAGAACCUUGUAGGCAUGAGGAAGAUCAUCCUUGAAAGGCUGGCAGCUCUGGAGAAGGACGAGGCGUUGCUUGAGCAUGAUAUUGUCGAGGUUGAGACGAGAUUAGAAGAGGCUCAGGAGAUGGCUGUCGAGGCAGCCUCUAUUGCCCAACACACACCGGCGAGAUCAGAAGACGAACAAAACGAGGACGAGAACGCACCUGGUUUCAUGUCGCAGUCCAUUUACGAGAAGCUCCCAUCAGUAUCAUCAGGAAGUGGCCCUGUUAAGCGGAAGCCGAGAAGUAUCAGGAGGAAGUCGGCGCCGAUUUUGCACGAGCACUUCGAGCCAGGAAGCAUGAUCCGCUCGAUGCGCGCGCAUCAGGACAGCAUCACUACUCUCGACUUUGACGCCCCCUUUGGAUUGAUGGUUUCGGCUGCAAUGGAUGAUUCAGUUCGUGUUUGGGAUCUGAACGCUGGUCGCUGCAUUGGUCUCUUGGAUGGCCACACUGCUUCGGUUCGCGCUCUCCAGGUCGAAGACAACUUCUUGGCAACUGGCUCUAUGGAUGCGACUAUUCGGCUCUGGGAUCUCAGCAAGGCUCACUACGACCCGCAAGGCAGCAGCUUUGGUAAGGAGGAGGACGAUGACGAGGACGCUCUUGCCUUCGAGAACCCCAGCGACUUGCCGGUAGACCCUCCUGCCAACAGCAUGGCUGAUUGCCCACUCUUCACCUUGCAAGCUCAUCUUGACGAAAUCACGGCUCUUCACUUCCGAGGUAAUGUUCUUGUGUCAGGUUCUGCUGAUAAGACUCUUCGGCAAUGGGAUCUGGAGAAGGGACGUUGCGUGCAGACUCUGGACGUUAUGUGGGCUGCCGCGCAGGCCACUGCUCUCUCCCACGACAGUGAUACCUGGAGACAAACCAACAAGGCCCCGGAUACGUCUGCGGAUUUCGUUGGCGCACUCCAAGUCUUCGAAUCCGCACUCGCCUGCGGUACGGCCGAUGGCAUGGUCAGGCUCUGGGAUUUGCGCAGCGGACAGGUGCAUCGCAGCUUGGUAGGCCAUACUGGGCCUGUCACCUGCCUGCAGUUUGACGACGUACACCUGGUUACUGGCAGUUUGGACAGAAGCAUUCGGAUCUGGGAUCUCCGAACUGGGUCCAUCUAUGACGCCUAUGCAUAUGACAACCCGAUCACAAGCAUGAUGUUUGAUCAAAGACGCAUUGUCGCCGCUGCUGGCGAGGAUGUCGUCAAGGUAUACGACAAGGUUGAGGGCCGGCACUGGGACUGCGGUGCUGGCAUCACCGAGGCCGAUGAAGCCAAGAGCCCUGCCAUCGUGGAGCAAGUGCGCAUCCGGGACGGAUACAUGGUUGAGGGUCGGCGGGAUGGCAUCGUUGGCGUCUGGACCUGCUAG